UCCUGAAGGCGGACGUUCACAUUCCGCCAUCGCCAGGCUGUCCGGAUCGACGCAUGCUAUCCGUGUCCAUUAUUUCUGAUUAUGAUUAAGUUUAUGAUAUUAGCGGUGGCCGUUAUCGGUUGCUGCCAGGCGUACCCGGUGACACAGGAAGAACUUGCUCAGUACGUCGCCAGACAGCAGACGGCAGGCUCUCUCCCAGUAGGCGCCACGGCGAGAAGGCAGGCGUACGUCCUGCAGCCACAGGCCAAGGCUGUUUACCAGCCCCAGCCUAAGGACCAGGUCUACCAGUUCCAGCCCAAAGCCCAGCCCCAGGUGUAUCAAGUCGCCGGCAAGCAGUAUUAUCAGCCCCAGGCGGCCGAACAGCAGCAACAGCAGUAUUACCAGCCGCAGUAUUAUCAACCCCAGCCACAAUCACAAGGCGUCAAGAAACUCGCGAGGCCCGUUGUCGGACAGCAGGUAGCUCAAGAACCCGAAGACUAUGAUCCGAAUCCCCAGUACCAGUUCGGGUUCGACAUCAAAGACGAUGAAUUCACAAACUACCAGAAAAGGAAGGAGCAGAGGGAAGGCGAUAAGAUCUCCGGCAGUUACAGCGUCGUCGAUUCAGACGGUUACAUCAGGACGGUCACCUACACGGCCGAUCCGCUCGAGGGAUUCAAAGCUGACGUCGUGAGGGAACCGACUGAUAUCAAAGUGAAAGUGCCGACCCCUCAGCUGUUGCAUGAGCAGUUCCCGUCCCAGUACGGACAGCAAAACCUCGUCGCGAGGAAGCAGCAGACGCAGCAGUACCUCCAGGCGUCUCAGCCCGUCCAGAGGCCGCAGGUCGUCCUCAGGCCUGAACACACCCAAGCCUAUGCUGGCAGCCAGGCCCAGCAAUUCCGACAGGUCGCUGCUUACACUGGAGGACAGCCCUUCUUGGACAAGUCCAAACUGGCUUCCGUCGGCUACCAGCAGCCUUCCACCGUCCUCUAUCAGACCUAUCAGCAAUAAGCCGAUGUUCCUUUUCCCUC